AACCGGCUAGUUAGACGAAGCACUUUCGUUUUUUCAUGUCCCUGCUGAGCUCAUGUGGUGCCAAGCUCUGUCCUUAAGUUUCGUUAUUACGCUGGGGGACGCUUUUUAUUCUCAGGGCUGAACUCGUAAAGAGGCAAGGAGCUGUUCUUAAAUUUUGUUUGUAUGCUCGGUGAAGUAUUAAUCCAAAACGGCGACAGAAGCUGCUUUGUGGAAGGCGGGGAACAGACUGUGGGCAUGUCCUCUCCAGAGGUCAAGACUGGCUUUCGUCGUCAUCAUGUUGCUUUACAGGAUUGACGCUGAACAGAGAAUUCUGCAACACGCUAAUAUUUUUUCCUAUCAGGAGAAAUAGUCAACAUUGUCAACAGAAAAGUGAACCUAAUCAACACAGAACAACUAUGGAACUCGCACUGGCUCACCCAGCGAUCAAAGCCUUCAUGUGUGGCUCUCUCAGUGGAACCUGCUCCACGCUACUUUUCCAACCACUAGACCUAGUCAAGACACGUCUGCAAACUGUACAGCGCACAAUGCAGCCGGGUUCAGGCCGCAUAGGGAUGGUGACCGUGCUCCUGAAUGUCGUACGAACAGAGAGGCUGCUGGGACUCUGGAAAGGAGUUUCCCCGUCAUUCAUGAGGACCAUCCCAGGUGUGGGGCUCUACUUCAGUACCUACCACUCCUUUAAGCAGCACUUCUUCCAGGAGAAGAACCCGGGAGCGUUGGGGGCCGCUCUGCUGGGAGGCGGAGCCAGGACAGUGGCGGGGAUCGUUAUGCUGCCUGUUACCGUCAUCAAGACCCGAUAUGAGUGCGGCAGGUACCGUUAUCGGGGCGUAACCGAGGCCCUACGCAGUGUGUGUCGGACUGAAGGUCCCGCGGCUCUAUACUCUGGCAUGAUGGCCACUUUGCUCCGAGAUGUUCCUUUCUCAGGAAUCUACGUCAUGUUCUACAGCCAGAUGAAGACCUCUUUGCCAAAGGAGAUCAGCGUGUCUGCGUCUGCUCCCCUGGUGAACUUUAGCUGCGGGGUGCUGGCAGGUGUGUUGGCCUCACUCGUCACUCAGCCCGCCGACGUCGUCAAAACGCUCGUCCAAGUCAACCCUCAGCUGAGGACGGCUGACGCCGUCAGAUGCAUCUAUGUGGAACACGGCCUUAAGGGUUUCUUACGAGGGGCGGUGCCACGCUCUCUGAGGAAGACGCUGAUAGCAGCCAUGGCGUGGACCAUCUAUGAGCAAAUGAUGGCUUAUAUCGGACUGAAGUCCUGAAGAGGAAAGCUGAGGAGAGGAUGUAAGAAGAAAUAAGGUCAAGUGAGACAAAAAGUGACGCCGACUUGGUCUGUGGAGCUGCUGUAGCUGUAAGAGACGCAGACAUGCACAAAAACCGCUUGUACUUAUCGUCCACGUGGCACAAUUGCACAUUACACAAAGGAGAUGGAAGGCUUAAUCUCUGAAAUGUGUUUUUAAGCAGUAAUGUAUUUAAAUUUCAACUGCACGUUUAUUGCGGAGCUUUUAGAUUGUUCACAUGGGACUUCAUGACUGACUGCACCGUGCAUUACAGUAUUCAAAGCGCUGACUUAUGUACCAUACAUACUUCUGCGUUGUUAUGAUGGCCUUUACUGCAAUAUUUUGUAGAAAAACAUGUAGUCUUUUUUAACUCAGCACAAUAUGCCUUAAAACAAUGUUUAUAGUGGAUUUUAGCACAGCUACAGUAAGCAUCAAUAUAUAAAGGUAUUUAUCUUUUUUUUGAGACAAUAAAAUAAAUUUCAAAUGUCGA